AUGGGGAGCAGUGGCGAUGCUAUAAAUGCAGCAUCAAACGAAGCGUCCAUGUUCGCCUUCUAUCGAUAUGACCCCAGUAUGGCCGGCGCCGUAAUCUUCACUGUCCUGUUCACGAUAACGACAUUAUGGCACGCGGUGCAGCUGUUCCGAACUCGAACUUGGUUUUUUAUCCCAUUCCUGGUGGGCGGUAUAUUUGAAAUCAUCGGCUACAUUGGACGCGCCCUGUCGAGUCAUGAGAGUCCAAACUGGACCCUUGGUCCUUACUUGAUCCAAACUUUGUUUCUUCUUCUUGCGCCUGCUCUCCUAGCUGCCUCUGUUUACAUGCUCCUCGGACGCAUUAUCUUGAUUCUGCGAGCAGAGUCCCAUGCAAUCCUGAGUAAAAAAUGGUUGACCAAGAUCUUUGUGACGGGAGACGUUCUUUCAUUCUUUCUACAAGGUGCCGGUGAGUCAACCUUAGCACACUUCUCCCCAGCUCAGCCUACGCAUGUAACAACUGGCGCAAGUACUAAACCCCAUCCAGGAGGCGGCAUCCAGAGCAGCGGCAGCCUAGACAACAUGAAGCUGGGCGAAAGGAUUAUCGUGGCGGGACUCUUCGUCCAGAUAUUCUUUUUCGGCUUCUUUAUAGUCACAGCGGGUAGCUUUCAUUUGAAGCUGAGAAAAUAUCCGAUCCCACGAUGCCACGAUCCGUCGAUUCCGUGGAGGAAGCAUCUGAACAUCCUGUACGCGACCAGCUUCUUGAUCAUGGUGCGGUCGGUGUUCCGCUUGGUGGAGUAUCUUCAGGGCAACGAUGGGUAUCUUUUGCAUCAUGAGAUAUUUCUCUAUAUCUUUGAUGCUGUAUUGAUCUUCGUUGCUAUGCUUCUUUUUAACAUCUUUCAUCCUAGUGAAUUGGCGCAUCUGCUGAGGGAGGCACACGAGUACGAGCUGCAGAGUACAUAUGAUAAAUAUGAGGUGUAA